CUCGCCUGAGUGGAUUCUCUGGUGUAGAAGAAGGGUUUCUUUUUUGGGAAAACUUUUUCCACACUCUGAGCAUGAAUGGGGACGGUCACCAGUGUGAUUCCUUUCAUGUUUACGAAGGUUUCCUUGUUCUGAAAAACAUUUCCCGCACACUGAACACGAAAAGGGACGCUCACCAGUGUGAACUCUCUGGUGUUUACGAAAGUUUCCAUAGUCAGAGAAACAUUUUCCGCACUCUGAACAUGAAAAGGGACGCUCACCCGUGUGAAUUCUCUGGUGUAGAAGAAAAGUUUUCCUUUUUCAGAAAAACCUUUUCCGCACUCUGAACAGGAAAAGGGACGCUCACCCUUAUGAAUUCUCUGGUGUCUAAUGAGGUUUUGUUUGUUAGGAAAAC